UGUACUUCAGCCUCGUUACAAAAAUCCAGCCUUGUGAAGCGGCAACAUCAUAAAGAAGAAUAAUUACAAGUCAAGUGCUCACCAUUAACUCAUAUACUAUCUUCCUAAUUAUUCGGUCGCGAAAACAUGCGGACAAUGAUCUAAACAGCAAUUUAAUUCAACAACUGCCUUUCCAGGAGGAUGUCACCCUCAGCCAUGGACAUUGAUGCGCCUGCAUCGGAGCAACAGAACUCAUUGCCUCCACCUAUCCUUUAUCCUGCUAAGGAUCUUCACUUCGACAAAUAUGUUGAGCCACAGCCGGAUGGGUAUCAAAAGGCGAAGUUGAGGGGGGCUGAUCAAGCUGCGAUAGUAAUUGACAAUGGUAAUUAUGCGCCGCACAUUAUGGCUGGUACAAUACGACUCACGGAUACUAACACUUCUCGCCGCAGGCUCAUCGGUGACUCGAGCUGGCUGGUCCUUUGAGGAUUCACCACGUCUCGAUAUUCUACCGCUUUACUCGAAAUACAGGGACAGAAAGUUAGGCAAAACUUAUUCGUUUGUUGGCGCCGAUGUAUACGCAGAUACUACAGCUAAGGGCCAUAUGAGAAAUGCCUUUGAAGCAGGAAGUGGAAUUGUGAGCAAUUGGGAUGUUAUGGAGCAGGUUUUGGAUUGUAUCUUUCUCAAAUUAGGGGUUGAUUCAGAAGGGCGAGUGGAUAUGCCUAUUGUUAUGACAGAAGCUGUCGCAAACCUACCAUAUUCAAGGAAAUGUAUGAAUAUCCCCGCGCAUUGAGAGAUUAUGCUAAUGAUAUGGAAUAGCUAUGACAGAAAUCAUCUUCGAAUGUUAUGGAGCGCCAUCUGUGGCCUACGGAAUCGAUUCUCUAUUUUCCUACGACUACAACGGUGGCAAGACAGGUCUUGUUGUAUCUUCUUCUCACAGUUCUACACAUCUCAUUCCGGUGUACAAUUCGAAAGCUAUACUCACUCAAGCAACAAGAUUGAAUUGGGGUGCAUCACAAAGUGCCGAGUAUCUUUUAAAGCUCAUCAAACUCAAAUAUCCUAGUUUUCCAGGGAAGCUAGCUGCUACUCAAAUGGAAUAUAUGGUACAAGACCAUUGCUAUUUAUCACGAGAUUAUGAUCAGGAAGUAAGCAAAUAUCUCGACUGGACAGGACUGGAAGAUAGAGACCGUGUAAUUCAAUACCCUUAUACAGAGGUAAUUGAGGUACAAAAAAGUGAAGAAGAGUUAGCAAAAAUUGCAGAGAAGAGAAAAGAGAGUGGUCGAAGACUACAAGAACAAGCCGCCAAAAUGCGACUAGAGAGAUUAAUCCGCAAGGAACAGGAAUUGGACUACUAUAGACAUCUACAGGGCAGAUUAGUAGAUCAAACGAAGAAGGAAAUUAAAAGAUUGCUUGACGCUGAAGAGUUGAAAGACGAGGCCGCUCUGGAGAGAACCAUCAAAGAACUCGACAAAAGUAUCCGCAAAGCCAGGACUAAGGAUAUUGGUGGGCCUGAAAUCGAAGAAGAGGUCGAGGAACCUGAUUACUCCAUGCUUGAAAUUCCGGACGACCAACUGGAUGAAGCGGGUCUCAAACAGAAACGUCACCAACGUCUCAUGAAAUCUAACAAUGAAGCCCGCGCCCGCGCUAAAGCGGAAAAGCAAGCAGAGAAAGCCCGCAUCGCCGAAGAACAACGCAUAGACGACGAAAAACGAGAAAAUGAUCUGGAAGGCUGGCUCCAAGAGCGUCGGGAAGCUCGGGCACUCAUGCUCCAAAAAAUCAAAGACAGGGAGCGUCUCAAAGCGGAUCUCGGAAAUAGAAAGAGUCUCGCGAGUCAAAUCCGCAUGAAAAGCAUCGCUAACCUCGCAUCCGAUAAUCCGACCAAAAAACGCCGUCGCGGAGGUGAUGACGAUAAUUUCGGUCAAAAUGAUGAUGAUUGGGGCGUGUAUCGCACCAUCCAAACCGGAGAUGGCGGUAGUGAUGAAGAGGAAGAAGAAGAUCCCGGCGUCAUGCUUAAAACCCUCGAAGCAGACCUCCUAAAAUACGACCCGGAAUUCACGGAUCAGCAUACUCUAGAUGCGCAAACUGAUUGGACAAAAUCACUCAUCCAUGCUUUCCUGCGCGGGCCUCGUCCCUUCAACCCGGCUAGCACAGCAGAAGCCCACCAACUCCAUCUUAACGUCGAGCGGAUCCGCGUUCCAGAAGUAAUCUUUCAGCCCAAUAUCGCCGGUUUAGAUCAAGCGGGCAUCAUUGAGAUUGCCGCCGAUAUACUCACGCAGCGGAUCUCGGGAUCAGGGAUGAAACAAGAGGAAUUCCUUAAAGACAUUUUUUUGACCGGCGGGAAUACACUCUGGCAAAAUUUUGAUGAGAGAUUGAGAGAGGGAUUAAGGGGACAUUUGGAAGCGGGCACGGAACUGAAGAUUAGGAGGGCGAAAGAUCCAUUGUUGGAUGCGUGGAGGGGGGCCGCGAAGUGGAGUUGUGGAGAUCGGUGGAGGGAGGCCAAGAUUACAAGGGAGGAGUAUGCUGAGAAGGGUGGGGAGUACAUUAAGGUAUGUUUUGUUUUUACGCUUUUUGCUUUUUCCCGGUUUCCUUUCUUUCUUUUCCCCUUUCCUUUCCUUUCCUUUCUCCCCCUCCAUUGGUUGCCCAGUGAAAAAAUGCAAGAAGUGGGCAAGGUGGAGAGUGUCUGAGCCGCGAGUGGAGAGCAAGAAUAUGUGAUAUGUAAUGAGUAAUACGCAACAAAGUUAACUAAUACACCUGCAGGAACACGACCUCGGAAAUGCGUAUUCGUGAUAAAUCUACACAGUUCUGCACUGUAUUGUACUGUAAUCACCAAGCCAAGAAGGAAGCAUAUCAUAUCAUGUAGCUAGAUACCUAUAACAUGAUGAUGUAAUAUGACAUGAUAUGAUUUAAGAUGAGAUGCGAUGAGAUGAGAUAAGACGACACUUAGGUUGGGGAUUAGGUCUGGCUAGGUAAUUUAGGCGUUCGUUAUAUUCAAUGAAAAUCUCUCGGUUGAUAUCAGUCAUCGAGUUGAUCGGUCAGUCAGUCAAUCAUUGUGGCUUCUUAUGAUAGGAGUCAAGUCACAAGUUGAUGGAUGGAUCGAUGGGUAUCUUCUCUUCUUUUUACUCUUUACACAAGUGAUGGGGAAUAUUACAGGAAGGGAGAGGGAAAAGAAAAAACAGAGUUCAAUAGUGGAAAAAUACAGUCAGUAUAUGCACAAGAACAAGAACAAGAACAAAAUGACACAU